AACACAUAAAAGUAAUUUUAAACACCUAACGUGUUUAACAACACUUAUUGAUAAAAUUAAAGGUGGCAACUCUGCCUAUUAUCGAUUGUAUCUGCUGUCAUCGGGAAACAUACAUUCUUUUGUGAAAAAGUUUCCGUUGCCGUAGUUUUUUUUUUACUAUUUUACCACAUCUACGUGGGAAGCUCACUUAUGGUUGAUCCAGAUGCACAGCGUUAUCGCUUAAGUCUGCGUGGCUUGAAUGAGGAAAAUUCGAGAAUCUUCGAUAAUGGGUGCUCAAGGAAAGAGUCGUCCCCCAGCGGUGAUGAACUAGGGAACCCAACUAACCGUAAGCUGCAUAAGAGCCGUUCCCGUACCCGGCGACCAACAUCAAACGGUGCUGUGGGGAACACAGGUCAAAAGCCCCUUAAAGAGCUGCCGGAUGGGGCACGGUCCUCCACCUCUUCGGGUUCCGGUUCCGGUUCUGGUUCCAGUUCAGACUCCAGAUCUGGCUCCAGCUCAAGGUCCAGUUCUGGCUCCAGUUCUGGCUCCAGAUCUGGCUCCAGCUCAAGCCCCAGCUUUAGCCCCGAGGUGAAAUCCCCCCAACACUCUCCAAAAGAUGUUGAGCACUCUGCAAGCUUGAUCGUUAAAACGGAACCAAAUGAUGAACGCGUGGAUGGGGACGAAAUAUUGCCCUCAAAACAAGCUGAUUCAGUCUCGAUGUCCUCUUCUAGUGACUCCAUAACAAUCUUAUCCGAGAUAGGAAACAUUUCACCAAUAGAAGUCGUGGGUAGCUCAGAGGAAGAACUGGAAGGAAUCGAGAAAAAUCGCUACAAAUCAAGUGGCAGUGUAUAUUCAUCACGCUCCAUGAAAGACUCGCCAAUAUCGAACUUAAAGGACAAGUCAUUUCCUGAUAGCCACGGAAUAAAAGAAGAACCGAAUGGAGAUUAUAAUGACAAGAUUAUAAUGCCCAGAGUAUUUCCUCCAAUUCCCAGUUCAAGUGGGAGUGUACCCUCAUCACUCUCCAUGAAACCUACCGAAAUAUCGAACUCCAAGGACCAGUCAUUUCCUGAUAGUCAAAGCUUAGAAGAAGAACCGAAAGGAGAUAAUAAUGACAAGGAAAAAAUACCAAUUUCUCCAGUUUCUAGUUCAAAUGGCAAUGUAUUAUCGUUGCUCUCCAGGACAUCGCCAGACAUUCCAAGUCCAUGCUCAGGAGAUGAACCGACCGAAUUUAUAGGCAAGAUGAAAUUACUGCAAGACCAAUCAGAUUCUUUUGACAGUCUUCAUAUAAAUUCCGAUCAGCAGUCAAGAGAAACAAUUAAUUUGAAAAGACUUCGCAAUGAAUCGCCUGAGAUGGAGAUUUCCUUUAGCAGCGAGGAAGAAACUGGCCAACCCAAAGAAAAUUUGGAAAAACUUCGCAAUGAAUCGCCUGAGAUGGAGAUUUCCUUUAGCAGCGAGGAAGAAACUGGCCAGCCCAAAGAAAAUUUGGAAAAACUUCGCAAUGAAUCGCCUGAGAUGGAGAUUUCCUUUAGCAGCGAGGAUGAAACUGGCCAACCCAAAGAAAAUUUGGAAAAACUUCGCAAUGAAUCGCCUGAGAUGGAGAUUUCCUUUAGCAGCGAGGAUGAAACGGGCCAACCCAAAGAAAAUUCAAUUGAUGAUAAGUACCGGAAAAUCUUUGGAGACAAGUUGACGGGCAAAUUCAAGAUGUCCGUACCAGCUGAUAGUAGUGGACUUCUUGGAGGUCCGUCUCAUUUCUUAAGGGUACCUCAUUUUAUACCACUGGAAUCCGCAGCCUACAAAGCUCAGCUGUUUGAGAACCGCAUGACGGCAGAAGAUCUGAAGGACGAGCAGUCUCGCGGGGACUUCAUUAACCGGCUCAAGACAACAAUGAGAUGGCGGGAGAACCAAUACAAGGUGAUGGAGUCGAAUUCGAGGCUGGUUCGCUGGUCCGACGGCAGCGAGACCUUCCAUGUGGGCGCCGAGGUCUUCGAUGUGAUGCACCAUCCGGUGACCGAUGACCUAAGCCACUUGUAUGUGCGCCAAGAGACAUGCUACCAAGGCCAGGGAUUGAUCAAGGACAAGAUGACGCUGCGCCCCAAACUGGACUCUAAAUUCGGACAGAGUCACGUCCAAGGCAUGCGCAAUCGCGCGAUGAAUAAGCCGCAAACAGGCUGUGUCAAGGUGGUAAUGGACAUGGGCGUUGAUCCCGUGCAGGAUCGUGAGCAGCGGGUCAAGGAGGAGCUGGCCCAACUUCGAAAAGAGGAGCGAGAGAAAAGUCGCGAGAUGACUCGCAAUAGGCCACGUGGUCGGGAGUUUGGUGCCAAAGCAAAGGACACCCAAGGCAUACUUAGCAACCGCAAUACGGCCACAAAGCCAGCGGAGAUCGAUGGGCAGGAUAGUGAUGGGGAUGAAGAUGUAGAUGACUCAAACAAAGAGGAUUCAAGUGAGAAUGAGGCCGACGGGGAAAUGUCCGAUGAACCCAGAUGGAGCACUUCCAAGGCCAAGGAAUCGGAUUCCGACGAGGGUCCCAAGAUUAGAUGUGUUAAGCGCAAAACCAAGCAGUUGUUCUAUUCCGACUCUGACUCCGAUUAGUUAUCCGCUGUACUCGAAAGCGUAAUAAAUAAAUGCGUUAUUCACUGAUAAUUAGUUAACAAUU